AUGAGGUUGUGUGGUGUUGUGAUAAAUAUUUUCGGAUUGUCUUUGAAUUUUCUUGGAGUCAAAUGUGAUAGAAAUCAAAUAACUGAUGACAUAAACCAUGGAAGGAAGAGUGAAUUUCAAUUCAGCGAAUUAUUAAAAACUUUCUACUGCAGUAACACAACUGUCGUUGAUGUGAUUUUCAGCAAUGAAAACGAAGAAAUUUUGGACGCUUUCAACUCUGUUAGUGUUCACUUUGGCUCAUGUACUUCAUUUCAAUUCGAUUCACUAAACAACGUUAGCCGUUUGCAUAAGAGAAAAAGAACUUUCAAUGUGAUUAUUCUUGAGAGCUUUGAAAGCUUCAACAUUUUGAUGAACAACAUUUCCAACUUCGAUUUCGACUUCAAUGGAUAUUUCUCAAUGUUUUUCAUAGACAUUGAGACAAUCGAACUCAAUCGUGUGUUUGAAUUUGCAUGGAAAUAUUUCAUGCAUAAUUUUAUUGUUUUAACUGGAAAUGGAACUGAAAUAACUUUGUCAACUUAUGAUCCUUAUCAAAAUAAUAGAAGUUGCGGAAAUACACAAGCAUUGUCUUCAGUUUUCAAUGCUAAUACUGAUUCUAUUAAAUUAUUUCCUGAUAAGCUGGCGAACAUGCAUAAAUGUCCGCUACGUUUGCCAAAGUUCGAAUAUUACCCUGCAACAUUCUAUGAAGAAAUUGGAAAUGAAACAAUGUUGAAAGGAAUUGAUGGUGAUUUGGUGAUGACAAUGAAAGGACUUUUGAACUUUACUUUGGAUUUUGUGUCCCUUGAGAAUCCAGAUGAAAAAUGGGGCUCAAUAACUGAAAACGGAAGUGCAACAGGAGCAAUGAAGAUGGUAGUAGAUGGAACAGCUGAUUUUACAAUUGGAAUGUACGUCAUAUCUCCGCUGAGACUUAAAUUUAUGGACAGCACGAUAUCGCAUGUGUCAUUCCCUUUUGUUUUAAUUGUUCCACCUGGGCAAAAGUACACAUCAUUUGAAAAGUUGUUCAAGCCAUUCAGUUGGAAUGUUUGGAUCACAGUUGGAGUAACUUUUUUACUUUCGUCUUUGAUAAUAUUGUUCGUGAAAAGAUCGAAUAAUCAGAAAUUGAAAUAUUUCUUUUUUGGUGCGGGUUAUAAUCCUCCAUAUUUCUACAUAAUCGACGCAUUUUUUGGUGGAUCAUUGCAAACGUUACCCAAAAGCACUUCUCCAAGAAUACUUCUGUCGUUCUUUUUAUUUUAUAGUCUCAUCCUUCGAACCAUUUACCAAGGAAAUUUAGUAAAGAUUUUACAAUCUGAUGAUCGCUCAAGGCCCGUAAUGACAGUAGAUGAAAUGAUCGAAAACGAUUUUCAUUUUUAUAUGUAUCCAACAUUUAUAGAACAUAGUCGACAUCUUAAAUUCUUUUCAAGGAGAAAAAUUUAUCCAACAAUUGAAAACGAAGAAUAUCUCUUGAAGACAUUGGAUCCGUACUUCAAAGGUGGUGUGUGUUGUACACUUGAUGAAGUUGCAGCUAAAAACAAACAGAACCGAAACAAUUAUACGCUUCGUGUUUUGCCUGAGGACAUCUACUUGUUCAAAAAUGGAAUUUAUUUUCGUAAAAAUAUGCCUAUUGUGGAAUUAUUUGACAAGAAAAUAAGUUUGUUUCAUUCGUCUGGAUUAAUUAAUUUUUGGGUAUCAAAAUAUUUGGAUCUGUCAUAUGCAAAGAUUUCCGUAACAAGUGAAACUCCGAAGAAACUAAGCAUUGAACAACUUGAAGGAAUUUUUCUUUUAUGGCUUUAUGGUUUAUUGACAGCGACAACUUUUUUAGUUUUGGAGAAUAUUUACUCAAAGACUUUGAUAAAUGUCAAAGAAACGAUCAGAACAAUAGUCGGGAAAAGAAUAUGUCUGUUUAAUUAUGUAGUCGAAUCAGAAAAUCAUCAGAAAAAUCUUUUUAAUUUUCAUCAAAAACAUUCAAGUUUUCCGGUGUUUAAAAUUCUUGAAACAUUUUACUGCAAAGAGUCAUCAGUUGUGGACGUUAUUUGUAGUAAUGAAAGCGAAGAAAUUUUGGACGCUUUCAACUCCGUUAUUGCCCACUUUGGCUCAUGCACUUCAUUUCAAUUCGAUUCACUAAACAACGUUAGCCGUUUGCAUAAGAGAACAAGAACUUUCAAUGUGAUUAUUCUUGAGAGCUUUGAAAGCUUCAACAUUUUGAUGAACAACAUUUCCAACUUCGAUUUCGACUUCAAUGGAUAUUUCUCAAUGUUUUUCAUAGACAUUGAGACAAUCGAACUCAAUCGUGUGUUUGAAUUUGCAUGGAAAUAUUUCAUGCAUAAUUUUAUUGUUUUAACUGGAAAUGGAACUAAAAUAACUUUGUCAACUUACGAUCCCUUUCGAAACGGAAUAUGCGGAGAUACUAGUCCUGUGUCAACAGUAAUUGAUAUUAAAACUGAUAUACAUAAUUCAAUUGAUUUGUUUCCAAACAAAAUGAUUAACAUGAAUAAAUGUCCAUUACGAAUACCUUUAAUAAAUUACUUGCCUGCAAUAAAUUUUGAAAGUUAUCGAGACGAUUACAUCAUCACUGGAAUUGAAGGUGAAUUAUUAUUAACGAUGAAGGAUCUUUUAAACUUCACCAUCAAAGUGUUGCAACUAAAAGGUGAACAAUAUUGGGGUGUAAUAGAGAAAAACGGAAGUGCAACGGGUGCGAUGAGAAUGGUGAUAGAAGGUGAAGCCGACUUAAUUAUGGGAACGUACGCUAUGACUUUGUUGCGUUUGCAAUAUAUGGACAGUUCAUUAUCUCAUCUUGGAUUUCCUUUCGUUUUGGUAAUUCCACCAGGAAGAAAAUUUACUCCAAUGGAGAAGCUUCUCAAGCCAUUUCAAAUGGAAAUAUGGAUUGCAAUUCUCACUUUUUUGGGAUUUUUGUUCAUGUCCAUUUUAAUUAUUAAGAAAGGAAACAUCAAAGCUCGUAAAUUGACUUUAUUUGGUGAAACUUUUAGGCUGUCAUAUCUUACUAUGAUUGACUCAUUUCUUGGAGGAUCCUUCAAUUUACUCCCUUCAAAAACUUCUCUGAGAUUUCUUUUCGCUUCGUAUUUUAUAUUUUGUUUAAUUGUGAGGAAUCUUUAUCAAGGACUUCUUGUCCAAAUUCUUCAGUCAGAAGACCGAGCCAAACCAGUUAAAACAGUUGACGAAAUGAUGGAAAAAGGUUUCAACUUUUACAUGUAUGAUUCGUACCUUGAGCAUACUGAACACUUAAAAUUUUCCUCGCGACGGAAAGUUCACAAGUACAAUGACAAUGAAAAAUAUUUAAAAAUGACUUUGGAUCCCAAUUUCAAAGGCGGCGUUUGUAGUUCUCUUGAUGAAGUUGCUUUCCUAAAUAAAAAAAACUACAAAAAUUUUUCUUAUCUGAUAUUACCUGAAGACGUGUACUUGUUCAAAUAUGUGAUAUACUUUCAAAAACAUUCUCCUUACGUUAAAAAAUUUAAUGAGAAGAUAAGUUUAUUUAAAUCCUCUGGAUUAUUAGAAUUUUGGUUUUCUAAGUAUAUGGAUCUGUCGUAUGUGCAUGUUAAGGAGCCAAAAAUGGUACCAAGAACGCUAAACAUUGAACAGUUAAAAGGUGGUUUCAUAUUGUGGUUGUGUGGUUGUUCAAUUUCUUUAUUUGUUUUUAUUUUGGAAGCUAUUUAUAGUGUUGUCAUAAAGUAUUUAUUGUGA